CAGGUAGGUAACUCCCCUCUCUUCUCCCCUCCCCUCCCCUCCUUCCAUUUCUGGGAAACAAACCUCUGGUGGUGGAGCGGUUGUACGUGGUUCGGGGGCUCUCCUGGUUGUAAAUCAGGGUUCCAGACUCCUCUUCACCGCCUCGGAGGGUGAAAGACUGAAAGGAGCCCCGCAAAAGAUAGUCUCAUCUCUGCCUGAAUGGACAUUUGAAAAUACUAUAACCACCACUUGCAAGCAUGGCGACCUCAUCGAAGUUAUCUUCAUUGAGUGAUGAGGGCAGAUCAGACAAUUAUGUUGAACCACACUACAAGGAAUGGUAUCGAGUAGCCAUGGACAUGCUGAUUGACCAAGGGUUAGAAGCAUACCAAGAAUUUCUUGCCAAGGAACGAGUUUCAGACUUUCUAGCUGAAGAAGAAAUUAAUUAUAUUCUGAAAAAUGCCCAGAAAGUUGUACAGAAUACAACUCAUGGUACUGAUAAUUCCUGUGACGAUGCUUCAUCUUCAGGGACAUACUGGCCAGUUGAGUCUGAUGUGGAAGCUCCAAAUCUUGACUUAGGUUGGCCAUAUGUAAUGCCUGGACUCUUAGGUGUUACACAUAUAGUCCUCCUCUUUCAUCCACCGAGAGCACACUUACUUACAAUAAAGGAGACCAUUCGGAAAAUGAUAAAAGAAGCAAGAAAGGUCAUUGCUCUAGUGAUGGAUAUAUUUACAGAUGUGGACAUUUUCAAAGAAAUAGUGGAGGCAUCAACUCGAGGAGUAUCUGUAUAUAUUCUGCUUGAUGAAUUCAAUUUUAGUCAUUUUCUAAAUAUGACUGAGAAACAAGGCUGUCAAGUUCAACGUCUCAGGAACAUUCGUGUGCGCACAGUGAAAGGCCAAGAUUAUCUUUCAAAAACAGGAUCAAAAUUUCAUGGAAAAUUGGAGCAGAAAUUUUUGUUAAUUGACUGCCAGAAAGUUAUAUAUGGUUCCUACAGCUACAUGUGGUCAUUUGAAAAAGUUCAUCUCAGCAUGGUUCAGAUAAUCACAGGACACCUUGUUGAGUCUUUUGAUGAGGAAUUUCGAACUCUCUAUGCCAGAUCCUGUGUCCCCAGCUCAUUUGUGCAGGAAGAAUCAACAACGGUGAAACAUGGCAAAGCACUCUGGGAAAAUGGCAAUUAUCAGCGGUCAGUUUCUUCAUUAGCUUCUGUUCCCAGCCAAAGAAACCUUUUUGGUAAGCAAGAAGCAAUUCAUAAAUUAGAUUCUAGUUAUUUCAAAAAUAGAGGGAUAUAUACCCUAAAUGAACAUGACAAAUAUGGCAUAAGAAACCAUGGCUAUAAACCACACUUUGCUCCAAACUUUAAUGGUCCAAAAGCAGUGCGUCAGUACCAAUCCAAUCAGACAAAUGAAAAUUGGAAGAGACAUAGUUAUGCUGGGGAACAGCCAGAUACAGCUUCAUACUUGAUGCUUAACAGGGCUUUGAAUCGAGCCAUGAAUCCUCCUGUUAAUUUGAAUAGAACUUCAGAUAGUGUUAGUGUAACAUCUUCAUUACGGGGAGGCUAUGUAAGCCAACAUAACACACUUGCCCAGAGGAAAACAACAAAUAUUGCAGAAAGGAAUUCAAAUGUGCGGAGGUCUUUUAAUGGAACUGAUAAUCAUAUUCGCUUUCUGCAACAACGAAUGCCAACCCUUGAACAUACCACAAAGUCAUUCUUGCGUAACUGGAGAGUCGAGUCCUACUUAAAUGAUCAUUCAGAAGCUGCACCUGAUUCAAAUGGAUCAGCUGUGGGUGAGGGCUAUGAUGCACCUGAGAAUUUGAAAGCUAAUGCCCUUUAUACUCAUUCUCGACUCCGUUCCUCAUUUAUGUUUAAACCAACUUUACCUGAGCAGCAGGAAGUUAGCAGUUGUACAACAAGCUCCUCAAAUUCAACUGUCCGUGGGUCCCAAGGAAGUGACACACAUAAAAAGAUCCCAGACACUCCUACAAAUGGACAGCAUUUGACAGACUAUCCUUUGCCAGAAUCAGUCCCCAAGUUCCCACUACAGUCAGAGGCACCAAAAAUGCAAACUUUACAGGUUCCUGAGAUGCCCUCAGUAGUCUUAGACCAAACUACAAAUGGCCACACAGAGUCAAACAACUACUUAUACACAACUUUGUGUGCAAAUAAGCAGAUGGAAAGCCCGAAGAACCAACAAAAUGAAAAUCUACUUAAAAGGCGAAGUUUCCCAUUCGUUGAUCACUCAAAAGCCAAUUUAGAUAAUACAAGUAAUAAACAUUAUGUAUAUAGUACACUUACCAGGAAUCGAAUUAGGCAACCAGAAAAGCCCAAAGAGAGUGUACUGAAAAGUUCUAAGAGCAUGCACAAUGUGACCCAUAGCUUGGAAGAGGAGGAAGAGGAUAUCAAGAGCGAUCCUCCCAGUGGAACUACCACCAAGUCAGUUUCCAUUGCUGCUUUGCUUGAUGUGAAUAAGGAGGAAGCUAGUAAAGAUCUCACUUCAAAGAAGGAUGUUAAGGUCUCCCCAAGUUUUUUGAAAAAGGGAUCUCAGAAGUUAAGGUCAUUGCUUAGCCUUACCCCAGAAAAGAAAGAAAAUCUACCCAAAAAUAAAGCAUCUGCCUUUUAUAAAAUGUGUAGUAGUUCAGACACUUUAAUUUCUGAGGCUGAAGAGGAUCAGAAGCCAAAAAUAUCAGAACCCAAAACUGAUUCAUCUCCUCGGAGAAAACGUUCCUCCUCCUCAAACUCCCAAGGAAGCAUCCAUAAGAGUAAGGAAGAUAUAGCAGUUAACUCAUCUCAAGGGAUGAAUUCUCCAUCUGAUGAAUAUAAAAAAGUCAUACCUUCUCCAGGCCCAGUUGAAAGGAAAUUUGUGGAAAGGGCAGGAGGUGCUUCUGCCCCCAGAUUUAAUACUGAACAGAUUCAAUACCGAGAUUCGAAGGAGAUUAACACAGUUACUGAUCCUGAAAGAAAACCAAGACCUAAGUCCAAUGAGAUUCUAAGAUCUCAUUCAACCAACCGACGUGUUUAUAGUCGUUUUGAACCAUUUUGUAAGCUUGAGAGUUCUAUUCAGCCAUCAAACAAUGUUCCUGAUACCAGUAUACACCGUCCAGAAAUAAAAUCCACAACUAUGGCCAAUAGUUAUGGUGUGUCCAGCCCACUGCUUAAUUACAACCCUGCUGUUUAUCACUCAUAUCAGCCAACUGAAAACAAAUUUCGAGGAUUUGUGCAGAAGUUUGGAAAUUUCAUGCACAAAAAUAAAUGAGCUACUGUAAUUUCAAUUAGAUAUUAAAUUGCAAUAUGGUGCGGCUAAACAAUAUUUGUCCAAAGAACAGUGUGGGCCAUUUCUUUUUAACUUGCCAAUAGAUUUCUAUUGAUGUCAAAAUCUGGAUAUGAUGUAUAUGUCUACCAGCAUACUAAUGUACAGUAAAGUUAUUAUCUGUAGCAAUAAAGUUAGGUACACUUAAUUACACCAGUGAUGGAAUAUUUCUGUAAAUAUGUGAUUUUUAAAUGGUAAUGGUAAGGAUAUUUUAUUAAAUAUUUACUUCAGACUGAAUAUGUUAAGUCUUAAAUAGAAACUUUAGUAUCAAAGUGUGGUGUUUAACCAGUCUUUCCUCAUAAAACUGAAUAACAGUAUUACCAGUGACCUUUUAUGAUAUGUCUUUGUGAGGUUUUAGUAUCUUCAAAUUAUGACAAAACAGAACAAUAUUUUUUGCUUGUAACUACCUUAAAACGUGGUUUUUGUUAAUGUUUUAUUCAUGUUCUUUGGCAUAAACAAUUAGGUAGUUCUCAGCAACAAUACAAUCUAAACUUUAUAGCUCAGUGCAUUUUACUUUUCUUGGGAUUUUAAAAAUAUGGUCCUCACAUAAUACACAGAAUAUCACAGAUAUUUAGUUUCCUGAUCCUUUUAAUACCAUCACAGCAGGAUUCUUUCCACACUUUCCAGGGAACCUGAACUCUGCUCACCAGUCAGCUGCUAUAAUUUUACUCUUUUACUUCAGACUAGUAGCUUCAGUGAGAAUUAUGAAGUUUUGGAUUAUUCCCUUUUUAAUGCAAUAAAUAAUAAUAAUUUUAUAAAUAUAAACAUCUGUUUAAAUUUUUAAUCAUAGAUGUAUAUACUGAUUUUUUUAGUGUUUUGAUAGCAAAACUUUUUUCCUUUUUUCUAAGCCAUUCCAAGUACAUUGUGGCUACAUAAUAUUUUCAUAAGAAGGCCAUAAUGAAAAUGAGAAGAUGUGGUGCCAAUCAGUUUUUCUAUGACCAUAGAACCUGUUAAGACUUUUAAACAUUUCCAUGUUAACUUAUGAUGAUAUUCAGAUGAUAGAACCUUUGUCCGUUCUUAAGAUAAUAAAAUAAAAUAUUCUAUAAUUCAUUAGAAAUAUUUUUAAACUUCCCUUUACUUCAUUAACAAAGAAUAGUGCAUCAUUUGAAAAAUAUUAAAGUAUGUUUAUAACACUUAAUAUAUUAUUUAACAACCUUUAACUUAAUACCUAUAUCAUAAAGAAAAAUAAUUGUAUUGAAACAUCUAUAUCAUUAAAAAUAAUAUUCUAUAAUAUUUUUUAAAUAUGAUUAUAAAACAUUACAGUAGACUAAUAUUUUUAUUGAGUAUAAAUAUUAAUUGAACACUUACUAUAGACCAAGUCUUGAGCUAGACUCAAAAGUCCCUUCAAGAAUAUUUUGCUGGUCCCCCUGUCUUUUUUUACUGUAGAUGGUUCAUCAGUGAGGCACUAACCCUCAGAAAACAGUACCCAAAGUCACAUUAAUAAUAAAUAAUAAUAACGGUAUAUAUACAAAAUACUAUAAAAUCAUAUUAACUCCCAAAUUUGCUCAAUAUAUCCACACUUUUCAAACUUAAAGGAGAAUGUAUUUAUAAUUUCUGACCCAAUAACAGUCAGUGAAGAAAGUAGUUAGUUCUAUACUAUCAGACAAGGACAUAGUAGGACUUAAAAUAAUCAUAAUAGCUAGAAUUGGAAAUUAAAUUGAGAUUAAUAUCUGAAUUCAAUCUAACAGGCCAGUUUUAAUUGUUUGACAGUUGUUUUUGACCUCCUAGUUCACUUCUGACAAUGAGAAAAGGAAAAGGCAAUCGUGUCAGUUUUUGGUCUACUUCUAUAUUAAAAUAAGAAAUCCAUUUGGUUAUAAUUGAGGCAGGAAAUGGAGCACAGUAUUGCAUUUUCUUAUUGAAUAUUCAGGAAAAAAAGCUGUGAAGUUUUCUCUUUUAGUAGAUGAGAAGUCUCAGAAUUUAAAUAAUAUUUCCAAGAGUUGCAGAGUUCUGAACUGCUAUAACUUGGUUUUUUAUACAAAAACUUAUACUACACCACAGUAAUGUGACAUCUUGUUGACUUUGAUUCCAUUACACUUGAAGAACAUUCUUUGAAAGUAGUUGUCUUUCUCUUUUGCUCCUUCUUUCUAACUUACAGAAAUAUAUCUGUAACAGUCCAUUAAGUGUGUUUAAAAACAGAAAUACAGAAUAAUAGAUUAAGAUCAUUCAUAAAAGCAGAUUAUAAAACUCCUAUAACAGGGAAUUCAAAAGUGCUACAAUUUUCUUUAUCAUUUUGUAAAGUUGAGUACAAUAAAUUGAAAAUUAUUUUCACUUCCUAAAAAUUAGUAACAUAUAAGUAAAACUUAGAGAGGGAACAGGCAUUUCACUGAGAAGGCAGCCAUAUACAUUUAUAGGAAUUUUGAAUAUAAAGGAUUUUUGAGUUUGCAUUUUGUGUAAUCAAAUAAGAAAUUCAGUUAUAAUAACUAAUGUGCAUUUAGUUGUUAUGGAUUAAAUUAUAUACUCAAUUAAAAUUGUAUCAUCUUCACUAAUUAUAUUUAGAUUGCCAAAUUCAUUUCUGUUAGUUCUACAACAUAAUCCUUCAUCCAUUUACAGAGUCCAGUAAUCAACCUAUUACCCAAUUCUUUUAGUGUUAUAUGGAGCAUCAUCCAGAGUAAAGGAAUUAAAUGGUUAAUUGACAUUAAAUUGCUUCUGAAAUUGAACAAAUUAGAUAACAUAAUGUUAAAGUUAAAAUUAUGUAAAUUUUCUUAAUUAUGUUUGUUUACAAGAAAAUGUCUAUUGCCUUCUUGUACUUCUUGUGGGUUGAUACACAAUUCUAACUUCAUGUACUAAGGUGUGGGAAAAUAUAGGUAGUUUAUAUGUGAGGAACAAAUAAAUAUCUUGUUUUAUCAAGAUAAUAUUAGUAUUAUCCAGGUAGUCAAGGAAGAAGGUUAAACUUCAGCUGCCUUCAACACUGACUUUACUUCUGAUCUAGUCAUCUAUCCAGAUAUUAUUCCACAGAUAUUUGUCUUCUGUGAUCGUUUUCAAUGUGCCUCUGGCAAAGGGUUGAAUCAUUAUUUUAAAAUAGCUAUGUUAACCUAUGUGUGAGGUUUUUUUUUUUAGUGAAAAAGAGAAAUUUACAAAGUUCAGUUUGUUUCUGGAAUAUUUAAAACAAAAAGUAUGAAAUUAUAAACCAGAUUUAGAAUUUAUAUGUAUGUGAAAUUAACUUUUGGUUUUAGAUCCAAUAAAUGAAUAUUCAGUAAUUUUGUACAAAGA